AUGGGCAUGGUGCUCACUGUGCUGCUUGUAAGGCGCAGCAGACCAGUGUAUCUCUUGGAUUUCACUGUUUACAAGCCUCCAGACAGGCUGAAAUGCAGCCACGAGGUGUUUGCAGAGCAGAUCCGGGCGCAGGGCUGCUAUGAGGCGGACACACUGCAAUUCAUGGACAAAAUCCUGCAGAACUCUGGCGUCGGCGAAGAGGCCUACAUGCCGCCAGAGCUGCACCGGCCUCCGCCGUGGAACUUGUCCAUGGAGGUCAGGCGGCAGGAGUCAGAGAUGGUCAUCUUUGACACAGUGGACCGGCUGCUCAGAGACAACAACCUCCAGCCACACCAGGUGGACAUUCUGGUGGUGAACUGUUCGGUCUUCUGUCCGACGCCGUCACUGUCGGCUAUGGUGGUCAACAAAUUCCGGAUGCGCGCUGAUGUCAUCACCUACAACCUGGCCGGCAUGGGCUGCUCUGCUGGAAUCAUAUCGAUCUCCCUGGUCAGGGAGCUGCUUCAGGUGUACCCAGGCAGCACGGCGUUGGUGGUGAGCACGGAGAACAUAAGCCAGAACGUGUACUUGGGCAACCAGCGCUCCAUGAGCAUUCCAUGCUGCAUCUUCCGCCUGGGAGGCGCCGCUGUUCUGCUAUCCAACCGCCGCCGAGAUGCUGCCUGCGCCAAGUACGAGCUGCUGCACGUGGUGCGCACGCACAUGGGGGCACAUGACGAGGCGUACAGCUGCGUGUAUCAGCAGGAGGACGACUCAGGGAUUGUCGGCAUGCGCCUCGACAAGUCGCUGAUGCGUGUGGCUGGGAUGGCGCUGCGGGAGAAUCUCGCUCGGCUGGGGCCAAAGGUGUUGCCUCUUUUGGAGCAGGCCAGAUACAUUGCUGCUCUGGGUGCGAGGCGGCUGCUCAAAAUGGAUGUACCUGCCUAUGUGCCCGACUUCAACAGCGCGUUUAACCACUUCUGCAUACACACCGGUGGCAAGGGGGUGCUUGAGGCGAUAGAGAAGCAGCUGGGCCUGCCUCAGGAGCGCAUGUGGCCAUCCAAAUACACCCUCUGGCGCUACGGCAACACAUCCUCCAGCUCUGUCUGGUAUGUGCUGGCAUGCAUAGAGACGCAUGUGGGGGUCCGCCGGGGGGACCGAGUGUGGCAGCUGGCAUUCGGGUCAGGCUUCAAGGCCAACAGCGCCGUCUGGCGCGCCAGGCGGGCCAGCCAAGGGCAGCACGCGGCGUUCCUGCCCUCCUGA